GAUAUCUACGAUGCACAUUGCUUAGCUUCCUCUUUAAAAUGGCCGCUGUACUAGAAGAAGUCGGCAAGUCAGCCGAAAAAUUAAUAGACGAGGAAAAAGAUGAGAUCGUAGAUCAAGAGGAUGAAAGUGGAGCAGCAGAAGCAUCGAAAAAGAAAAAGAAGAAGAAGAAGAAGAAGAAGGCCGGUGCUGGAGAAGCAAGUGCCGACGUACCAGAAGGAGAUGAUAAAACAAAGGAGGAUGAUCAAAUAAAAAAUGAUGAUACAGCGGUUGAAGGAUCGAUAGAAGUCAAUGACAAUGAAGCUGAAACUGGAACAGAAAAUGAAGACGCUAAAAAAAAGAAGAAGAAACGUAAACCGCGUAAUAAGGCUGGUGGAGUUAAACAAACUGAACGACCUUCGAUUCCUGUCUCAAAAUUAUUUCCCGAUGGUAACUUCCCUAUUGGAGAAAUAAUGGAUUAUCCUCCUGCUGCUGGAAUCGACGAAAGAAGUGCUAAGAACCGUUUUACAAGCGAAGAAGCGCGUGCUUUGGAUAGAAUGCAUAGCGACAUUUACAACGAAGCUAGACAAGCUGCAGAAGCACAUAGACAGACAAGAAAGCAUAUUAUGAAAUGGGUUAAAUCAGGAAUGACCAUGAUAGAAAUUUGCAAUGAAUUGGAAGAUACAGCUAGAAAAUUAAUAGGAGAAGAUGGAUUGAAAGCAGGAUUGGCAUUUCCAACCGGUUGUUCGAGAAAUCAUUGCGCAGCUCAUUAUACUCCUAAUGCUGGAGAUCCAACUGUUUUGGAAUACGAUGACGUUACGAAAAUAGAUUUCGGCACACACAUCAAUGGACGUAUUAUCGAUUGUGCAUUCACCUUAGCAUUUAAUCCAAAAUAUGAUAAACUUAUUGAAGCAGUUCGCGAUGCUACUAAUACUGGAAUUAAAGCUGCCGGUAUUGAUGUUCAGCUUUGCGACGUUGGUGCUGCUAUUCAAGAAGUUAUGGAAUCGUACGAAGUUGAAAUAGAUGGUAAAACUUAUCAGGUUAAAUCAAUCAGAAAUUUGAAUGGACAUUCAAUCGCACCUUAUCGAAUACACGCAGGGAAAACGGUACCGAUAGUUAAAGGUGGCGAGGCUACAAGAAUGGAAGAAAAUGAAUUUUAUGCGAUCGAAACGUUUGGAUCUACCGGACGAGGUGUCGUCCACGAUGAUUUGGAUUGUUCUCAUUAUAUGAAAAGUUUUGAUACCGGAUAUGUCCCGCUCAGAUUACAGAGCAGCAAAUUUUUACUUAAUGUUAUUAACAAGCACUUUGGUACUUUAGCAUUUUGUAAACGUUGGUUGGAUCGCGUCGGUUGUACCAAGUAUCAAAUGGCAUUGAAAGAUUUGUGCGAUAAAGGGGCAGUUGAAGCUUAUCCGCCACUAGUCGAUGUCAAAGGAUGCUAUACUGCCCAAUUUGAGCAUACUCUUGUAUUACGUCCUACUUGCAAGGAAGUUAUUUCUCGAGGAGAUGAUUAUUGAAAUAUUUUCACUUUUACGAUUCCCUCAGAGGGCACUUAGCGUGAUCAUUGUAAAGUUGUCUCGUCAAUGUAAAAUUAGCAUUCAUCGCAAGUAAACGUACAUCAAGUAUUUUGUUACCAUCAUAA